GGAGUAGGUCGCCUGCAACGGUAUAUCAAACAUCAAGAGUUUCAUUGGUUCGAAGAAUUCCAUACGUACUGUACGGGGCUAUACCUGAAAGUAGUGGAAAUCGAAUACGUGGUGUACUAUGUGGGAAUUCGUCGUUGGUCUACGAUCUAUAGUUUUGCUCCCGUCCAAUGAUGCUCAAUCUGCCUACUAUUUGCCAGUUAAAUGUUCAGUGCGAUCCUUCUGCUAAUGUCAAGAUCCGCGCCGUGAAAUAGUCGCCAUCUUUGCGACUGAGUCGCAUCCCUGAAUUUGGCCCAUUGCAUGUUCCGCGCAGCUUUAUGUAGCGUUAGAGAAAAAAGAUCAUUGAAAGUUGGUGUCAAAAGGGCAAAGCGGUUUCAGCGAGACCGGAUACCGUUCGAGCUGUGCCGAGAAGUGUUAACCCGGCGCGAAAGUGGGCGGAACGCAUGGGUCUUACGUCCUUUUGGCCUCGCUACAGUUCAUGAUAGGGAAAAUUUCGGCAUUUAAUAAGUGACACACAUCGAAUCUGUGUUGACUGUUCCACGCAGUAAUAAUAAUAUUAACUCGUAAAAUUCGUUGGUUGAGCGUUUACCGGCAUAUGCCAUUCUAGUGUGUGUUUGUUCGAACAUAGUUUGGUGUAAGAAAAAAAUGAGUUGUCAACGUAACGCUGGCAAGAUUACAGUGCCGGACGAGUUGCGGGACGUCCUAUUAGAGUUUACGAUCAGCUAUCUCUUGGAGCAACCAGUGGAUAUUAUCGACUACGCCGUAGGUUUUUUCACGCAACUUCGGGAAAGUCGUCAAACUCAGUUGAUUGAAGCCCCUGCGCAGACCGCCUCUUCUACGCCGGACGAGUCUGUCGAGGAAGAACCACCAAUCGGAAGGUUCCAGAAUAGGAGGAAGAGUGUCUUCGCGGAAGCUUACAACCCAGAAGAUGACGAGGAAGACGAUGGAAUUAAGAUGGUGCAUCCGAAGAGCGACGAGCAGCGGCAGAGGCUCGGUGACAGCGUGAAACAUAUUCUCCUGUUUCGGGCUCUAGACGAGGAACAAAUGGCUGACGUAUUGGACGCGAUGUUUGAGAAAAGCGUGCAACCUGGAGAAUUUAUUAUCCGACAAGGUGACGAUGGUGACAACUUCUACGUCAUCGAGAGAGGAAAGUUCGAAGUGUACGUGAAAGAUCAGCAGUCAGGGGUGGAAUCCAUGAUACAUACGUACGAUAAUCGUGGUGCUUUUGGUGAGCUCGCGCUCCUUUACAAUAUGCCGAGGGCGGCCAGUAUCAAGGCCAUCACGCUUGGUACACUAUGGGCCAUGGAUAGACAAACUUUCCGGCGUAUUUUAUUGAAAUCCGCCUACAAAAAGCGCAAGAUGUACGAAGACCUUAUCAACAAGGUCCCGAUGCUUAAACAUCUCGAGCCAUAUGAGCGUAUGAACCUGGCGGAUGCUCUAGUACCAAAACAGUAUUCAGAUGGCGAGCAGAUCAUCAAACAGGGCGACACAGCUGAUGGAAUGUAUUUUGUCGAGGACGGCGUCGUCAGGAUCACCAUAAUCGGAGAUCACGGCCGCGAAAUCGAGAUUAAUAGAGUUCCCGCUGGUGGGUACUUAGGCGAGUUGGCGCUGGUAACACAUAAACCUCGCGCUGCUUCGGCCUACGCUGUGGGCGACGUAAAGCUGGCCUUUUUGGACGUUGAAGCUUUCGAACGCUUACUUGGGCCUUGCAUGGAACUUAUGAAGCGUAAUAUCGACGAUUACGAAGAUCAACUAGUCAAAAUCUUUGGCAGCAAAGCUAACAUUUCCGAUAUCCGAUGAACUGUUCGCGAGCAGUGAUACGUUGUACUGCUGUACUAAAGACCCGAUACUUUCGUACAGUAAUGUAAAAUGAGCACAAACUUGUACCACCCACUUUAUGAAUCUCAUCCGCGUAUUUUCAAGUAUCAUCUCGAGUCGACUUUCGUAAUGACUGUUCACUUAGACGUAUACCAGUAAGAAACGUCGUUAAUAGUUACCAAGUUUGUACCUAUGACACACAGUGAAGAGAUAACAAAACGUACAGAAAAACAAAAGAAAAGGAAACUAGGCAUUUCGACUGGUUCGUAUCUGCAUCAUACUACCGAAGUAAAUUUUCUAAGACUGCAUCAGAUAAAGAAGUAUUAGCCUAUCUUGUCAUGUGCUCGAAACGUUUACAAGAUAGAAGUCUGGAUACUGAAUAAGAUUUUCAUUGAAUUGUCUGCAAAAAGAAAGAAAGAGAAGUGAAGAAAUACUCGGAGUGAUGCAACGUAUCGACAGACUCACAGAGUUCUUAAAUGAUGUACCUUUAUGCCAUUCUUUAUUCUUGUACUUGACAAUUUAAGAGCUGUAUUCCAUUUUACUGAAAAUGUCAAGAAUCAAUGAAUUAAAUUAUUUCGUAUAUUUCGAUGAUUCAUCGAAGGAGAUGAAGAUACUUUUAGGGUAUCAUACAUUAUACCUUCACAACGUAGAAGAAUUCUUAUUGAUACAACUUAUUGUGGAAAUACUAGCUUAGUUAACAAAUUAAUAGACAAUGAUAUAGACAUACGUGAUAAACAUCCUAAUCGUCAGUGUGUUUUUAACACGAUGGUGAUGAUAAAUCAUAGCUAAAACGCUAUGUUAGAAGAAAUAAAAACGUAAGAAGGCAAAGAGCAUAACAGGCAAGUUAGAACAAUUACCAGUACCUACACGAUUUUUAAAUGCAAACCAACAACUAUCUGAUAUAAGAACACGUGGCAUUUAUGUUCAUCUUUAGAAAGGGGAGGGCUGGGAAUGUAAGAGAAAUAUCAUUUUAAUAUUUAGACAUUUCAUCUAACAAUAUCUGAGUAGAAAGUAUUUCUCUCUUUCUUCCCUAUAUAUUUAAUAGAACGAUUUUCCUUAUUCUCAUGUUCCUAAUUUUAUGGUUUGCUCUUUGCAUUAAUGAAAAAGUAUUGCCAGAUAAACAUAUAUUCGCAUAGCGCACAAUAAAGCAUCGUUUAUUUAAUUGUUUACAUACAUAUACGCGCACAGCAGAUAGCGUUUGAUCUUUGUUGUUCUAUCUGCAUAUAUUAUUUAUACUUGUUAUUGCUUACGAUCGUUUGUUACAAAUUGAAAUAGAACACUUGCCGUAGCGCACAUAAUCAGUAUAUUGUACGAGAAACGAUACAUUUUUCGAUCAAUAAUAUAGUCAAUUGCAUUGAUACAACAUCCAUGGUUACAUCAUUUUACGAGUUAGUUAUUUUUAAAAAUUUACGCCACAUUUUCACAUGAGAGAACAUUAAAGGAAUAGCUAUUUCUUAUUGCAGGCUCGAAUGCACAGCCAUUAUUUUUUAGGAGAUUAUUUAAUUACAUUAUUAAGUGUUUAAAUUUGCAAAAAUCAACGUUCAAUUAUUCUUCAGUUUUAAAUAUUUUAUGGUGUUACUGUGAAAAAGAUGGCUGAGCAGUGUGGUCUCAAAUCAUGUUCAUGUGUGUCUUAUCGGUGAAUCCUGGUAACAAAAAUCGACCAAAAGAAACCUAUAAACCUAUUUUUGUUACACGUGUAUGAUACACGUUAUACAUGUAUGAUAUACGUCUAGCAUCGUGAUAAAAGAAAAAAAAAAAAAGGAAAAAAAGAACAGUUUGAACUAAUUUGAACGUUGUACGAACAAGUGCGUAUGCUAGUCACUUUUUAACGGCCGUCUAUUCGUUGUAUUUUCUCCUCGGCGAAUCGAGAGGAAAAAAAAAAACGGUCAAACGUUUUAUUACUACGAAACAAAAACAACUAUAUAUUCACUGUACGACUGAAACUCAGAAGCGAUAAGCUUUUUAAAUAAUAUCACAAUCACGGAGGAGAAAGGAGGAGGAGACUAGUAAUGUGAGAACGAAGGAAAAAUAAUGUAGCAAUAGAAAUUUGCUAGCGAAAUGUUGUGUUAUUCACUUUUAUUUUCGAAUUUUUCUAUUCUCGUUAAGUUUGCUCGUUUUUAUCGAAGUCUAAGUUUUUACAAAAUGAACGACGAAAUAGAAGAAGAAGAAGCACUGUUCUGGUCUGAAUUCCUGUUAUCCGUGCCAUUGUAUUCAGUUGCUUUCGAGAAUUCAGCAGCGAAGCUUUAGCCGUGGUUCUUAGUCUUCCACCGUGUCUCCAGGCUGUGAUAUUAUUUUCGACGGAGUAUUUCAGACAGAUGCCUCUUAUUACUACUGCUUCCAACAAGAAAAUAAAAAGGACAAAAAAAUGACAAAAAAAUUAAAAGAAGUAAAGAAAGAAUAGGACUCUAGAAUCUAUCAGAAUCAAGGAAUUUCCGAACUAUAUCGAAUCGAACUUUAUUGACUGUUGGUUGCAUCGUUAAAAUGAGUGAAUCAAAAGUUCCAAUCGACGCGAGUCGUGACUCGAUCGUUUAUGUCGAAACAAAGGAAAAUCGGGCAAUUAAAAACGAGAAAAGAAGAGAUAUAUACAUACAUACACGACACAUAGGUAUAUAAAUAUAAAUAUAAAUAGAUAAAUAGGUGUAUGUAUAUUUAUAUAUAUUUAUAUUUAUAUAUAUAUAUAUAUUUAAUAUAGUGGAAGACUAUUCUCGCACACCGAAUUGAGAAGUAUAUUUAGACGGAGUACUUAUCUGUGCGGAGCCAACAUUCGGAUAAAUUAAAUGUAAACGCUUAAGUAGAGUCAACCCAAUUUAAAUUUACUGUAUGUAUCUAACAAGUGUGGUCUCUCUCUCUCUCCUACGUGUUGCGUGUUGCCCUUUCGUGUGUGUGACGACCGAGCCAGUAAAUUUUUAUUCCAUGAUUAGCAUGAACUGUUAUCGUCAGUUUUUUUCGUCUGUGCGGUUGUAUGUUUCGUGUCAUCGUUACUGAAAGUAAUUGCGUCGUAUAAAAAGAGAAAAAGAAAAAAACAUAACUAACAACCCGUAAUUAAGUGCGCUGCGAAUGAAUCUCACUUGUAAUUCUAAUACACGUUACUUCACUGUGCCACACAGGGUUCCUUUCCUCGGUUGCUUCCGGAACAGAGAAACAUUCGAUCGUGCGUGAAUUUGAAGCGUGCCAGGUUGCUUCAAAUCGGCACGAUCUCGCUCGUUCAUCGCCAAUCUAGUCCAAAGCGUUUAAAAGAGAAUAUUCCUUGACUAAUUGAGCGUACCAAGCUAGGUAGUGGAUUAUUCUACUGAUCGCAUACCUUCGAAGCGUUGACAAUACUGUUCUCAUAAAAAUACAAAGUGCACCAUCAAUGAUACUACAACGGUUUGGCAAUAGUGUAAUCUAUCUGACUUACGAAAAAGAGAAUCGCUUGGUCUUUGUCGCAAUUAAUUAUUUAAUCAUGAUGAAAUGUCAACGCGUUAACCGUAUGUAUCAGCAUAAUCCUGUUCCCCGUGUACGAUUUCCGUUUUUCAUGCAUACUACUAUCGACGGCCGUUCUAGAAAAGCUCAUACUGUUACGCGUUGGCAUGCGUGACGCUUGCCUAAGCGUAACAGUCUCUUAGCAUCGGACCAAAUAUCUUUAAACAAGAGGAAAAGAAACCGGAGCAAUGGAGCUUGUGCGACUAUUUUCUUCGCGCUUUCCUCUCUAUUUCUGUCUCUCGUUAUUUCUAAUUGUGUUGUAUCUAAGGGAAAAGAUAGUGCGCUGAGCUAUAAAUAGGCUAUUGUAAAUGUAUUUGAAAUGCACGACCGUAUGUCUAAAGUAAUAACUAAAAAAAAUCAUAAAGAUAUUCGUCGUCUCACUGUUCCCAUGUGUAAAGUAGCCAUCGAUAAAAAAUCUUGCCCUCGAUGCUACUCCCAUUACUAAGCGAUAUUUGUUCUAACAACUUGCAGCAACUUUGUAUGAAGAUGUGUAUAUGUAGCUUAACGUUAUGUUAGAGAAGGUACCGGAAGGGGCAAAAGUGCCGAGGGUUAAUGAGAUCAUCCUCUUCGUACUUUUGACGAGUUAAAUCAAAGCAAUACGAGUAAUGCAACUCGAUUGCGUAUCGACAAUCGUCCGAUAUCAUCGCAUGAAAGUCUCACAAUAUAUAAACUGUCCAUACAUCUCUCCGUCAUUUAUCGGUCGUCUCUUGAUUAUCAUUUUCAUUAUUAUUAUUAUUAUUAUUAUUAUUACUAUUAUUAUUAUUAUUAUUAUUAUCAUCAUUAUUGUUGUUGUUGUUAUUAUCAUUGAACAUGUAUUUCCUGUGGCACAAUCGUUUCCUCGGUAAACGGGCGUGUCGUAAUAUUAUCAUGAUGCGAUCGCAUCGUUCAAAUAUCACAUUCUUUGCUUAAUCUGACAGCGAUGAUGUGACGUGACGUAUUAUGGGAUUGAUGUUGUAAACCAAUUGUAUAAAUCGCAUGCAGGCCAGCGAAAUUUAAUCGUGAUAUAUUUCAUAUUGAAACUAGAACGUUGCGGAAGAGAUAUCCCUGAUUUUUUCGUAUGUUAAUAUCCUGUCUUGUUAGAUCUUUCGAUUGUACAAGCAUACGCCAUGCGAAAAAUGUUCUACUCGUCUAAUGAAUGUUUAAUGGAUAUACAUAUACAUUUAUAUAUAUAUAUAAAUAUAUAUAUGUAUGUAUAUAUGUAUGUAUGUAAUUUUCCAAAUGUUGAACGAUAUUCGGCGUUCUGUGAAGAAAAAUACGAAGCGGAUAAAAUUGAUCAGCGUUAUUCUUCUAAUUUCAUUCGUCUGAACAAUUACUAUACUAGUAAACAUGGAAAGGACGUUGGAACAAAAGAAACGCGCAAUGAUCAAUAUGAAAUUGGCAGAAUAAGAGGAAGACUGGCUUAGAUAGUUUUUAUUUAACGUGUAAAGCGAUUGUUCCAAUUUCGCGACAUCUAUUAACUUGUGAAGUGAGUGUGUGACUGAAACGUGACAGUUCGUUGAUCGUCCUGUUAUUGGAAUUACGUUACGCAUCUACAGAGAAAAGAGAGCAUCUUAAGACGAAUCAAGAAACGCGAUAUUAUGAUCCUCGAUGACAUGCUAAACAUUAAGCUGAAUUAUUGUAAUCCUAUCAGGGUAUUGUAUGUCAAAGACGUGGACGCAUUAGAACAAGAGAGACACUAUGAAUUGCGGAAAUCCUUGAGGAACCGUCAGGUUCAUCAACGGAUGGCUCAAUAACACUGAAAGAUUUGAAAAUACACAAAGAUACUGCUAGUUUGAAUUACAUCAUUCCGUGCGGUUUCGAGUAUACUUAACAAUAGUUAAUUGAGCUUCUUCUGUCUAGGAUCGUAAUUCGUUUUCCUCAUUUUAUGCGUUUACAAAAAAGAUUUAUCAAACAUUUGCUAUGCGUUUCGUUCGCGAAAGGAAUUGCAGUUUCAAACAAAGAAAAAUUCUGUAAUAAUUUAAAGACACAUGCUAUAUAGGAUGUCCCAGGUUUUUUCAGCUUUGUGAAUUUUAUUGUCAGUUUUAUGAGUAAAAAUAAUAGUUCAUUAACUGGUUUAAUGUUAGUUAUAAUGAUUAAGUGAGCAUGAUGAAUAAAGUCGAGGAAAACUAGUUCUUUAAUUGUGUAAUGUAUCCGUAAUGUAAAAUUUAAGUUCUCAUGUAUUUUUAUAAAAACACGCAACAUUUUAAAAUGAAAUUAAACGAAAAAUCAAUUCAUUAUUAUAUCGUAUUUUUGUUAUAACUUUUUAAUCAAAUUAUUGUUAUUUUUACUCAUACAAUAUGCUUGAACCAUUCGGCGGAGAAAAAUCCGGGACACUGCAUAAUUUUAGUAAUGUUAUUAUAUACAUAUAUUUAAAAAAUAUCGAGUAUUGUUUGUAAUGUUGUAAUUGUGUAUUGAUUGCGUGUCCAUCCAAGUAUAGAGCCGUAGUUUCGUGAUCGCGAGACACACUCUUCUGUCCUCAGUCCUCAGUUAUAUUUCAUGAUGCUCAGGCCGCAUCGUUUUCGCACGAUUUCGAAGCGAGCUGGUAAUAUCGCUUCGGUGCACGGUCCACGAGAUGAUGUGUACGUUUUAAGCUGGAUUUAGAUUUUAUACACGUAUACGCUUGCGUAAGAAGGUCCCGGGUUAUAGGGGAAAAAAAAAGAAAACAAAGCAAAAAAAAAAAAAGGAAAAGGCAGAAAAGUGCGUUGUAAACUAUAUAAAGAGGCGGGGAGGAGAAAAAAAGGGAAUAGUAAUUAUUAUAACGUACUUAACGGUUUUUGUUUCACGAUGUGUUGUAGCGUAAUACAAACGUGCACAUACGUAUUAAUAUACAUAUAGAUAUAUUAUAUACACAGAAUUAUAUAUUAGAUAUAUCAAUAUACAUAUAUGUUAAGACUCGUAUCCAGCUGGUCUGAUCGGGUAUUAUUUUAACGAUUUAAUUAAUUGCGUUAACCUGGCAGCGAUGCGAUUGCGAGUAACACAUUGAAAGAGGUGCGUGCAAUCACAUAGUUCAAUUGUAUAGCGUAUCUACUUGUCGUUUCGAUAACAGAUUCGAUGAUCUGUAGUCCAUCGGCAAUGAAAGUAAAAUGGAGUACUGGUUAAUACUUCUGUUAUUCAAUUCAUAAAGAUAAUUAUAUACGUUCACAGCAUGAUCGAAAAAUUACCAUCAUUUGUACAUCAAAUGAUUACCAAGGAGAUUGGCGUACGAAAUCUCUUUAAGUUAACUUUAAUUUAUUGUACGUUUCAUAAAGUAUUGAUAUACGAAAGAAUACAAGCUUAAUCAACUAUUCUACCCGUUUAUUCAUAAUGUAUCAUAUUAGUUUAACCGAGAGAUACACAACACACACGAGCACCGGCACACGCAAUUCAAUUCAGCAUCUGCAAGUGGUGUACCAAUUCACUGAAUUUCUUAGUGUCAAGUUAACAUAUAUUAUCAUUUACCGUUUGUUGUUUUGAGCUACCACUUUUUUGAAACGUCAUCAGAUACAUACAGUGGAGAACUUUGUGGUGUGCUUAUGCAUAUUCGAUUAAAUAAUAACGUUCUUUUACAGCAUCACUGCCGGAUUAAGUAGCGGUGUUACUAUCUUUUCAAUAAAUGUACCUAAUUUAACAUUAUGGGUUUGGGUACAAAAGUAUUGUCUAAACAUAUUGAUUUUUAGUUGACCGUACAAAUUUGUUGCAAUAGUCACUUUUCGGAUAUCUUGCUCUCAGAUACUUACUCGAUGCUCACAAUGGUACAUACAUGCCGGUAUAUAAUAUUACCGCUACUAUUGUGACCAAUCGUUUACUUACCUGUUUAUUUAAUUAAAAGGCAUUUGUAUUUAGGAGCAAGAUAUAUUAAAUUACACUGUACUAUGUGUUGAUAGUAUGAUAGUAUAAUAAAAAUAAUAUAUAAUAAAUGA